CCUCUAGAAGUUGGGCGUCCGUGUUGAAAUGGAGUUUCUGUUUGGUCUCUUUUUUUUUUUAAUUCUUAUUGCAGUAUAAUAUCUGGCUGAGAGGGUGGGUGGCUUACGUUAGUCUUGGAACAAUAUCCAGAUAAAAGAUGCAGCUUCGUGACAGAGGAAGGUUUUACACCAUCCUCAUCCUCAGGUUGACAUGAGCUGAUCAAACUGUAUUUUUUUCUGGUUUGUUUCCCCAGAAAAACGUCCCAUCAUCGACCAGACUCGGCCGAUUAAAGUACCAGAAGGAUCUAAUUUGACUCUACAGUGUUAAACUGAUCCAGAGAUCAACCUAAAGGACUUCACCUUGGACUGGAAGAGAGUGGACAUCAAAAACGUCUCAGACCGCAUGGUCUACUCCCGUCGAGGUGGGAAGGAUCAUCCUCAUCCACAGAUGCAGCGAUACAAGAACAGAGCAGAGCUGAUUAAAGAGGACCUGACCAGAGGACGGAUGACUCUACUGAUCCCCACAGUCCAGCAGUCUGACUCAGGACACUACAGAUGCUUCAUCCCAAAGUUCAGCGUCAGCUUUGUUUUCAACAUUGUUGUGACGAAGGACGAAGAGACGACGACAAAGAGAGAGGAUGUCGCCAUGACGACGUCUCCAGGAUACAGAGUCAUGAACCCCACUGUGUCUGGUCCUGUAGAGAAGAGAAACCACUGGAUCAUUCUUGGUGUCUGUAUUUGUUUCCUCCCUGUUCUUGGUUUCAUCGUUGGAGUCCUGGUGAAGAACAGAGGGAUUAGAAUUUGAGAGUUGGUGAAGAAAACCCCGGAAACACUGAGGAGACGAGGACGGAGACAAAGACGAGGACGUCACCGCAGAGAACGUCUGUGAUGGUUGGAUGAUAAAUACACUGUCAUCUGAGCCAAAAACACACAUUUCUACUGGUGCUGUUUCCACACUAAAUAACGUAAAAGCUUUUUAUCCUGUGAUAAACGUCUUUAAAAGCUCUAUUUUAAAUGGACUGAGGACGGAUACGUUACAAGUUGGACUCACAUGAACAUCUUCACGUCAACAGUAAAAAACGACCAAAUUAGAUUUAACUUGUCAUUCCAUAUCAUACAGAUACACAAUGACGUGUAGUUAGUUUAACCUAAUGACAGGGAAUAAGCUGAGACUAAAGUAUUAAAUCUCACACAGUUAUGAACUCUAUCUUCAGAGAUCUGUUUCCAGUUCUUCUGCUGCUGCUGCUGCUUUAGAGAUUUUCAGGAGUUGUUAUGUUACAGGGAGAAAUCCUGAACUCCUCAGGGACCAGUUUAUCUCUAACUACUGCUCUGAUGCACAUUUAUCCUCCUCCCGAAUAGCUACAGCUUAUUUCCUCCAUCUGACUCCUACUAAACACAAAACCACAUUAAAACCAACAAAAUACCUCAGAAUGUCUUUAAAAUUAAUUAAAAUAUUAGAAAAUUAUUGAUGAGUAUUUAGAUCAUUUAUAUAUUUGUUUACACUGAACUGAGCAAACCUGUGACUGUAAAGUAAUGUGGAUGUUUGCAGUUGUUUUCUUCGUAUCUAUUUUCUGUCUAUUUUUUUUUUCAUCUUUGAAGCACUUUUCUUUAAAUUAUCAUGAAAUAAUAAUAAAAAAUCUCUGUCUAUAA